AUGAGAAAUGCUCAAGCCCAACUAUCAGUUCUGCCUCAGAAACCGCUGUAUGAUCAUGCAUUGCCGUUGAAAAAGGCUAAAUACAACGAUGUUAUGCAGUUGGUAAAGAACUAUGUUCCACCAAAUAAACUAUAUUUCUACAGGGCCCUUAAAAGUGAAGCUGUCGGACCAACAGAUGAUAUUUCUAGCGAAGAUGACGAUGAUCCAGCUGAAGUUAACCUCUAA